CGGCGGCAAGAAGCGACGCUUUCGAAAAUUCGCACGAUGAGGCGACGCUUUCGGCACCCCCACCACGCUGGGCCUGGAGGCCCUCAGAGGUCGAGAGAGCGUCAGAUGCAGUCAGUCUAGAACAGAGAGCAGUAGAGGCAGAAGUCUUAAUCGAAUCUUAGCCGCAGCAGUGUGUUUAAGAUUUAAUCCCGUGAUCCAAAGAAUAUUAUUUUUUGUUUAACAAUUUUGUUUUAAUAAUUUUGCGAGAAAAGAAGGCGGGACUCGCGGGUAAACGAGAGAUUCUACAAUUGAUAGAAGAAGUUCAACUGCCGAUUUAACAUGAUGAAAGAAGGUGAGGAAGAAAACCAGCAGUUUGGAGAAACUUCUCCAACUGCAUCUACAGCAUCGCCAUUCGUAGGAUCAGAAGACCAAGCUGACCCUUCUCAGUCCCAGCUGCAGCCCCAACAUCCUCAGCAAUCUCAGCCACAACCUGCAGAUGUAGUUGAAGAAACAACUGAACUCUUAUCAGAAAUAUCUUUGGAACCAGAAGCCGUUUCAUCCGAAUCUGAAAGAGUGACACCCAAUCUUACUGUACCUGCUGACAUAGUCUACAAAGAAGUAGAUCAGAUUCCAAAGCGUAAGGACCCUACGAAGGCUGGCACCACGGGACGUCCCAUUACUGUAAAAACAAAUAUGAUGGCGAUUAAUGUCAAACAGAUGAAUCCCAAUGUUGUGCAUUAUGACGUGAAAAUUGUGCCAGAUACUCCAAAAUACUUGAUGAGACCGGUGUUCCUUGAAGUCAAAAAGACUUUGUUUCCAGAAAGAAAUCCAGCAUUUGACGGAAGGAAGAAUGCAUUUAGUGCUGGAGAGUUGCCUAUUGAAGAUCCGUCCACUGCUGAAGUAGUGGUUUACAACGAAGAUGGACAAGAGAAAAAGUAUAAGGUCACUAUCAAAAUAGUUAACAGAAUUGAUUUGUCUUGGUUGAAAGCGUUUGAACCCGGCACCCAAGAUUUGCCGAGAAAUCAACAAAUCAGUAUACAAGCUCUGGACGUUAUACUAAGAAAUGCACCGGCGGCUUUGAUGUCGUGUGUACCUAUAAGGAGUUCGUUUUUCACACCACCAAAAGGUCAAGUGAUGUCUCUAGGCGGUGGUAUGGAUUUAUGGGUGGGGUUGUUUCAAUCGGCUGUUUUAGGCUGGAAGCCCUACUUCAACGUUGACGUUGCGCACAAAUCGUUCCCUAAACCACAGAGUGUACUGGAUCUGAUGAAAACGAUAUGUGGCUGUGAUGGUCAAGAUCAAGGCGGACGACAACAAUAUGGACGACAGCGGGGAAAUGGACACCGGGGAGGGUACGGCCAACGAAGAGGAUACGGACAUCAGGGAGGCUAUGGCCAACAAGAAGGGCCUACGGAAUUGAAUGCAGAUUUAAUAUACAGUUGCAAAGAAGGCAUAAGAAAAUUUUUAAAAGGCUUAAAAGUAGUAAUAGAGAUUCCAGGACAGCCUACAUCUAGACGAACACAACGCGUCAACGACUUGGUUAUAUGUCCGAAAGAUAAUAUUUUUGACCACAAUGGUCACAGAAUCACUGUUGAGCAGUACUAUAAACUCGAGAAAAAAUAUACUAUAAAACACCCGGACUUCCCUUGUCUCUGGGUUGGCGGUAGAGAUAAAAAUAUUCAUGUCCCAGUAGAAAUAUGCACAGUAGUUGGUGGACAAGCAACCCUGAAGAAAUUAACCGAUAGACAGACAUCAUCGAUGAUAAAGUUCGCAGCGACGGGAACGGAGGAGCGAAAGAACAAAAUAAUGAACGCGUUCAACUCGAUGCGUCAUAAUGAAGAUCCGUGCAUGAAAGAAUUUGGCGUCUCUGUGAGUGGAGAAUUCGAGACGGUUCCAGCGCGUGUUUUGGAUCCACCGCAACUGAGAUACCAAAAUCAAAAUGUGACUGUCAUAAAAGGAGCUUGGAGAGCGAGCCAAUUCGUACAGCCAAGUCAAUUAAUUGAGAACGACAAUACGUGGACUGUUUUGAAUCUGGAUUAUAGAACCAGAGAUGACAAGCUUUACAGACUUGUUGAAGCAUUGAAAAAAGCAGGCAACGCUGUUGGAAUGCCAGUUGGGAAUCCCUUAAGUCCAUUUAAAAGUAUGCAGUUGAGGGUACAAGACAUGCGAGAACUAAUGGCAUAUUUCAAUGAAAUGAAAACGAAACAAAUUAAACUGGUUGUUGUAGUAGUUCCAGAAAUGAAAGGCCCCUACAGCAAAGUGAAGCAAAUGAGUGAACUUGAAGUUGGUCUUUUGACACAAUGUUUAAAAAGUAAAACUCUUUUCAAACUUAACGAUGCGACCGCCGGUAACAUUCUUCUAAAAAUUAAUGCUAAGUUGAAUGGGAUCAAUCAUAUAUUUGAAGAGACUGUGAGCCGGCCGCCUUGUCUGGAUCAUCCAUGCAUGAUUAUCGGGGCCGACGUAACUCAUCCUUCGCCAGAUGCCACGAAUAUUCCAUCGAUUGCUGCAGUUGCUGCCAGUCAUGAUCCUAACGCAUUUAAAUAUAAUGUGGAAAUAAGGUUGCAACGUCCGAAACAGGAAAUCAUAGUAGACCUUGCAGAAAUUAUGAAAAUACAAUUGAAGUAUUUCUAUACUUCAACGGGUUACAAACCAGAAAGAUUAAUUUUCUAUAGGGACGGAGUCUCCGAUGGUCAGUUUGGUCAAAUAAUGCACGCAGAGUUACUAGCUAUUCGAAACGCGUGUCAAUCGAUAGAAGCUGACUACAGGCCGAAAAUAACAUUCUUGGUUGUUCAGAAAAGGCACCACACGAGACUGUUCCCAACCGAUCCAAGUAAUUCUGAUGACAGAAACUUUAACGUUCAAGCUGGUACUAUAGUGGACACUGAAAUAACGCAUCCAUCACAUAUCGACUUUUACUUGGUUUCUCAUGCUAGUAUUCAAGGAACCGCAAGACCAACCAAGUACAGAUGCUUGUGGGACGAUUCAGAUAUGUCGGAAGAUGAAAUUGAAAAUCUAACAUAUUUUCUCUGCCACAUGUUCUCGCGUUGCACGAGAUCGGUGAGCUAUCCGACACCGACGUACUACGCGCAUCUUGCUGCCUUCAGAGCAAGGGCCCUUAUCCAGGAUGUUCAUAUCGAUAUGAAUAAUUUGCCACAAGAACAGUUAAGGAAGUUGACUAUUAAGGAUGAAGUGCUGAAGGAUAGCCCAAUGUUCUUUGUGUAAAUUUACACUUUUAUAAAUCUUUACUUUGAAUUUUUUAUAGACUUAAAUGUAUUAUAAUGUGAUAUAUAUUUCUAUAAGUCUGAAACUUAUUAUACGUAAUGUUUAAUUGACGACGACAAUAAAUAAUCCAUAUGUGCAAAAUCAAAACAGAAAAGCUUUAAAAUCAUAGUAAUUAAAAAGCAUGAAAUAUUUUUCUAAACGCAUUAUAUAGUUGCAGUAUGAUGUUCAGUGUGAAAAUAUUAUUAGAGCAAUAAAUUAUAAGAAAAU